ACGUGUGAGCAGUAAGUCAUGAUACUUUGCGAGAUACGAUCAAAGGAACCACGAGAGUUUUGCGAUUGUAAGUGACGACGGGAUAACAACGACAACGAGGCGCAGAGGUAAGAUCAAGACAAGAGGUGCGUAAGAGUUACGCGAGUUUGUAAGGAUGGGCGACCUCAAUCAGCGAGAACCAAGAUGCGAUCACGGGCGUGAUGGAUAUCAUAGGGGAAGGGACUCACGACGCGACGAAGGCAGAGAGAGAUACAAAGGGAGAAGUCGAGACGACUAUCCAGAAGACCAGGGAGAACGGCGUCAUGGUACGGGAGAUUACGGAAGGCGAGCACCCCUCAUAUGCUUCUCAUGUGGGGAACCGGGGCACUACAAGAAUCAGUGCUGGAAGAGAACUGGUGAAGGCCACGUGCGUGGAGGCGCGGGCACAUCUAGCGGUCAGAAGGCAGCCUCGGAAGGUGACGAGAGCAUGAAGAAGCAGAUCCAAGAAAUUGGAGCAUCAAUGGCAAGCUUCCAGAAGUACAUGGACAGGGAGAACAAGAAGAAAGCGGAAAAGGAGAAAAGGAAAAAGGAGCGUGAGGAAAGGCAACUCAGGGAAGAAGCUCAGUGUGUGGUGAAGGAGGAGGAGAGGCAAGCGAGGGCAAGGCGAGAGGCACGUAAGCAGGCGAAGAAGACGAAAGCGGAAGAGGAGAGACUCGAGUUCAGGAAGGCAUUAAGGAUGCACAUUGUGUCAUGCGUAGAAAGUCUCAAGGAGGAAUUGCAAGAGGAAAUGCGACGGAAUAUGCAAGCGUUUCACUCGAUAAUCAAGGGUAAGCAAGCGGUAUCACCAUCAGGAUCCGAAGGAUUCUACACCAGUGAUUCGACAACGAACCAGGUUGAGGAACUGAGUCAGAGAACGGGGAAUCUUGUCAUUAGCGAGAAGCGGAAGCACAGCCCUGAGAAACAGAUCGGAAGCAGCCCCCCGAUGGAACUUCCCCCUAAACGGACGCCAAGGAAGUCGGGGAUUAAGCCGGUGAAGCUUGCAGCAAAACUGCAAGCGACAACCAAAACCACGCCGAAGACAAAGACCGGCAAGAAGAGAGAGGGACAGACGACACCUAAGAGCUACACGCCAAGAAGAGGCACACCUAAGACAAAGAUAGCCGUCGAGUUAGGGGCAGCCGGAUGCGCCAAGUUUAUCGAAGACAACAUGCGUCAUCUCGCGGAGUUCCAAGCGGAAGACCUGAAGCGUAUGUGUAGACGUGAGGAUGUUCAAUAUGGCAACAAAGUGAUCGCAAUGAUCAACAUAGCGGAGAAACGAGCGGAAGAAGCGUACGAUGUGGAAGAAACGGAUGCCAGCGGGAAUGAAGGCUCGGCAGAAGAGGUGGAAGGAGUCGAAGGGGACGAAGCAAAGUACGAUUUCACCAUCAAAGUGCUUUACAGGACAGUCGUGACACUAAUGGGAGUGACGGGGCAAGUGAAAUGGCUAUCCAAAUACACAGCGUCCUGGCUUCGAUUGUACAACAAGCAUGGGAUAAGCUACCUAGAAGUACAUAAGGGAGUGUAUGCUCUGACCUCACCGAGAUGCAGAGCCCAGUAUAUUGGGCAGACUAACAGGGACGUGAAUACAAGAUGGAGGGAGCAUAUGAACGCACGAGGAAGAAAGGAGAAGAAUACGCACCUUUAUCAGUGGUGGCGGAGCUUUGGAGCUGAAUCCUACACGAUACUACCGGUGGACGAAGGGGAAGCGCAGGAGCUUGUCCAGCUCGAACAGUUGUAUAUAAGAAGAUGGUCACCGUCGCUCAACACCAACAGAAUCAACAAGAGACAGAAGCGAAAGAAGAAAGCACGAAGAGGGAAACCUGAGAGAGUACGACAAAGAGGAGGCAAGGAACCACGGUGUUGGGGACAAGAAGUGGAGAUUGUCAAGUUCCGUAGUAGUGAAGACGAAGCGUGGCAGAGUAGCAUCCGUAAGAUUCUGGAGGAGAAGGAGGGAGAGGGAGAACGAACAUUCCAACUUUUCACGACGGGAGGUCUCCCCUAUCCAAGGAUAGGGCAGCAUGUGAGGUUUCGCCUACAAGAACUGGAAGGAGUACCACCAAUGAUGCACAAUGCUAACAACAUACCAAGGGCACAGCACCCGGAUCGACUAAAGUUGUUGAGCAGGGAAAUGGAGGAGACUUUUGGAAUUUGGAAGAAUCGAGGGGAACGGGAAGUUGAAGUGGCAACCAAGGAGGUGGCUGGGUGCCUGACGGGAGCAAAAAAGUUAAGCGACAAGUGUCUGGACGUUGGCACAGUGAAGGAAUGGAGAACAAAACUUGACGGCCUGGUCAAGACGCCGCUUGACCGCAAUCAAGGGGAGACAUUCAUCAUGUGCCCCUGCGUGUACCAUGAGGCCAUGAUGAAUAUUUUUGUGACAAACCCAGGUUACAGGUUUGUGACCAACGAUGAAGAGGAGGUGAAGAAGGAGAUGCGGGAUGCCUUUAAGGAAGGAGGGAUCGCGAAGUUCACUAGGAUGCAGGCAAAGGGAAGUUUUGGGCAAGCAUACGUGCAGCCGAAGCACAAGGACGUGGAGAGGUACCGUCCAAUCUGCCCUUCCUACUCAGAUCCUACAACAGGAACAGGCAAGUGCGUGGCAAAGGCUUUGAACCAUCUCGUGUUCAAUUUGUCGGCCGAUUGGCACUUCAAUCUGAGAUCGGUCGCGGACGUGGCCAGUAGGGUGCAACGUAUCAACGAAAGUUGUGCGAAGAGCACGACCGCAGAGGUACAGUUAGUUGUCAUGUUCUACGAUAUUAAGGACAUGUUCAGCAAACUGCCACAUCAAGAGAUCAUGGACUCGGUCAACUGGAUAGUUGACCAUUACGUCAGCAAAAGGAAGAAGACCAUCAGGGUGAACACCAAGGGGAGAGGACGUUCCUUUGGGAGGACAACAGGCGCGGACCACAGGAGGGAAUUAAGCUUGGAGGAUAUCAGGACUUUCGUCAAAAUAGACAUGGAGAACACUUACGUGUAUGCAACGGGAGUCCUCUUGAAGCAGGUGAUCGGGAUACCAAUGGGGAAGCUGGGACUUCCUGGGCUCGGGUUGACAGUGAAGUCAACAUAUCCAUUUCUGGGCAGUGUGCAGAUGCUAAAGAACGAGAGUACAGUCUGGGAGGGGAAAGGCUUGGAAUUCAAGAAUGGACAAGAGUACCAAUCGUGGGGGAGCAAGCAACAGAAGAGCGCAGCCGUGACAAGCUAUUUGCACCGCAUUGACACCAACACGACGGUGCGAACGAAAAUACCAGGAAGAGUGGUGACGCUCACCCAAAGGGUUGAGUAAGAAGAAGUUUCCGGAGGAGUUCGUGCGAAGGAGAGUCAAGAGAUUCAGCAUUGGCAAGG